CACGCAGGCGUCCCUAGCCCAGGCGAGGUGGACAGACACGACCCUCGCGUCAGCAUCUUCCCUGGUGCCACCGCAGCUACCUCCUGUGGGGAAACUGAGGCCAGAGGUGGACAUGCGCCAAGCCACGCCGCUGGGGCAGUGCAAAGUUAGGCUCUUCCCGGAGCUCGAGGCCGGGGGCUCCUCGAACCAGGUGCACAGCCAGCCAAUCCGGGAGGCCCUGUCUGGCCGCUCCGGCCAAUCAGAGGGUCCCUGCCGUAGGCGGAGCCUGCCAAUCAGGGGCACCUGGAGUCUGGGCAGCCACGAUCCGGUCUCGCCGGCGAGGGGCGCGCCUUGACGCGCAGAGGGUGGCGGUGGGAUGGGGGUGGGAGCUUCGCUCGCAGCUGAGCCCCGUUUCUCCGGUGCCGCAGUAUCCCUGGGACUGAGAGCUGAAUACCCACACCCAGGGCUGGGACCUUAGCAGAAAGCAAACUGAGGCUGGGAGGUCGGCCGGGAGGCUGCCUGGCGGAGGUGGCGCCGCUCUGAGUGGGCGGGGCUAGUUCUGGCCCCGCCCCGCCCCCGACCUCUUGGCUCGGCUAGUGCCGGGCGCGCAGCCGCCAGUGCUGCGGGCUCCGGGCUAUGGAUGCCCCCGGGGCCCCAGCCUCGACCGCUGCCCCCGGUCCGGGCAGGAAGGAGCUGAAGAUCGUAAUCGUGGGUGACGGCGGCUGCGGCAAGACCUCGCUGCUCAUGGUGUACAGCCAGGGCUCCUUCCCCGAGCACUACGCCCCGUCGGUGUUCGAGAAGUACACGGCCAGCGUGACCGUUGGCAGCAAGGAGGUGACCCUGAAUCUCUACGACACGGCCGGGCAGGAAGACUACGACCGGCUGCGGCCCCUGUCCUACCAGAACACCCACCUCGUGCUCAUCUGCUAUGACGUCAUGAACCCCACCAGCUACGACAACGUCCUCAUCAAGUGGUUCCCUGAGGUCACGCACUUCUGCCGCGGGACCCCCAUGGUGCUCAUUGGCUGCAAGACAGACCUGAGGAAGGACAAGGAGCAGCUGCGGAAGCUCCGGGCCGCCCAGCUGGAGCCCAUCACCUACAUGCAGGGCCUGAGCGCCUGCGAACAGAUCCGAGCUGCUCUCUACCUGGAAUGUUCCGCCAAGUUUCGUGAGAAUGUGGAGGACGUCUUCCGGGAGGCCGCCAAGGUGGCUCUCAGCGCUCUGAAGAAGGCGCAGCGGCACAAGAAGCACCGGCUCUGCCUGCUGCUCUGACCCAGGGCGGACCGACCUCACGACAGCACUGACAGGGGCCCCAGGUGCUGACUGCACCAGGGAGGCUGCCCCAUCCCGACCCUCCAGCUCACGGUGUCUGGGGCCUGCAGCUAGACUCUUGGAACAUUCUGGAACUCUCUCCUUUCCUGACUGGGGCUCUGACCACAAACUCCCCUCCAGGCUAACCCUGGGACGGGGUGGUGAUGUGGGUGCAGGAGCCAGUCACAGCCACCCCCACCAUGAGUGUCUCCCCAGUGCAGACUCAAGUUAUGCUUGAAAUGAAAACGUCCAGCUGGUGGAGGGUAAACGUGGACCUGGCACUGUUCCACGCAGGCGCCCCAAGCCGGCCACGCCUGUAUCCCCACCUCCCUGCGCUCCCGAGAUAGGCACCGCUGUAUCCUCCAGCUCCUUCCUUCCUUCCUUCCUUCCCCCAGGAGCACGGGGGCCACCGAGGGGGACGGGCCUAUCAGGAGAACACAGGCCGCAGCCUGGUGGAGGGGCUGGCACCCACCCCUCCCAUCUCCACCCCACAUGGAAGACUUGUCUUCAGCUGGGCCACUGUCUUUGCAGAGCUGGGCACAUGUGCUCGGGGGCAGAAAAAACGGCUUCUCAGUUGUUAAAAGUAUACCCUGGACCACCCAUCUAACCAUCUCUUCAAGGUCUCAUCACCAGGACGGGACUGGCCCGUUUAGUCCUCAAGCCCUGCUCCUACCAGCCUCUGGAGUUCAGGAGGCGAGACACCCCGGCCUCCCAUGAGAACUGAUGGGCUCCCCCCCCCCGUCCACACAGGACAGUUUCUCAGAACUGGUUCACAGACCACCUGUGUCACCAACAGCCAGAUAUCUAAUCCCCAAGUCUCCUUUGGGAAGGUCUGGGGUCAAGGGUCUGGGAAUUUUUUUUGGGGGGGGGGACAGAGUCUCAUUCUGUCACACAGGUUGGAGUCCAGUGGCACGGUCUUGGCUCACUGCAAGCUCCACCUCCUGGGUUCAAGCGAUUCUCUGGCCUCAGCCCCCUGAGUAGCUGGGAUUACAGGCGCGCACCACCACAUCCGGCUAAUUUUUUUGUAUUUUUAGUAGAGACGGGGUUUCACCAUAUUGGCCAGGCUGGUCUCGAACUCCUGACCUCGUGAUCCACCCGCCCUGGCCUCCCAAGUGCUGGGAUUACAGGCGUGAGCCACCGCACCCGGCCCAGGACUUUUAAAACAGGUAUCCCGGGGAUUCCGGUGCCUACCAGAGGUCACAAGCUGCUUGGCUCUGGAGUGCACCUAGGAUUGGGUGCUGCCUAAGAUGGCAUAACGGCUUCAGGCAACUCCUAGCCUUCCCGGUAUCUGUUGCCUCGGCUCCCCUGGCCCAGUGCUGGAGUGUCAGCUAAGCCUGAGCUUCCGAGAAGUCAGGUCACCAAAGGAAGAAGCCUUCUGAGACCCUCCCCACCCCACCCAGGUUCCCAUGGCCCUGCUGUCCCCUGGGGAAUCAACCAAGGAGCUCUUGUUCUCGAAGAACCCAUGGCCUUGUGAUGGUCUAAGGUAGAGGUCCGAAAACUACAGCCUGUGGGCCACAUCUGGCCACAGCCUGAUUUGUAAAUAAAGUUUUAUUGGAACACAA